UUGUUUUUGUCAAAACCUGAAUCUACACGACUGCCGGAUUGACUUACCAACAGAGGCUCGAGUCUCCGAAGUCGGUAAUUCAGCAACACAUCGACCGCACUGGGUUCCAGAUUCCGUCUUUAUCGGCAAGAGUGACCGCCUAGAAACGAAGCGUAUAGUGCUAUUUGCGUCAGAAACGGUAUUUCAUACCGAAAAAUAAACUCAAUACGUCGCGAAGAAAAUGACAAAAUUUUCAAGACAAAAUACGUAUGCUGCGAAGCCACUGAGGACCCGAUCGAAUCACUCACAGAUCGAACAUGUUGAAUCAUGAAUACGCAAUCAAAAAUCGCCGUGGACUGCGAAUCAGUCACGCAAUCAACGCACAAUACGAGCCCACAUAACGUGUGUACGAAACGUUGCCGAGCAACCGCGGCGAGUCUCUAAACGUAAACAUUGGACGUUCUGUCGUUCAGUCCGGCUUCCCGAGGUUCACAGAGUUAUAAACACGGAGAAAUGUCGUUCCGGGAUAUGCGGAAUUUCACCGAGAUGAUGCGAGUUCUCGGUUACCCGAGGCUGAUUUCUCUAACGAACUUUCGGGUGCCGAAUUUCCCCCUCGUCGCCGAAAUACUCGUCUGGCUUGUCAAGAGGUUUGAUCCCGACGCGGAUAUUCCAAGUGAACACAACGCGGAGCAAGAACGCGUGGCACUUGUUCGAAGAACAGCUGAGUUUAUGGCGGUGAAGGCAAACGUGAAACUGAACACGAAGAAGCUCUACCAAGCUGAUGGAUACGCGGUGAAGGAGUUACUGAAGAUGACGACACUGCUGUACGACGCCCAAAAUCGUAGCACGGAAAAGGCGAUCCUGAUGGGGGAUAGCAUGGAGAUAAGCGGGGCUAACUUCGACAUCUCGAACAGGAUAAGCGAGCUAAAAACUACGAGACAGCUGGCUAGUCAGCUGACGAUAAACGGGGCGACGCUGUUCGACCUCCUGGGGCGGGAAGUCGAGCUGCGGGAGGCGAGGAACAGCAAAAUUUCGCGGCAGUUCGACACUUCGGAGAUCGAAGUGGCGAUGAAACACGUGAUAGAGAGCAUAGGACAGGAGAUAACUGACACGAGGAAGCAGAUCGAGAACAUAAAGGACACCGAGCAGACUCUGGAUGCGAAGAUCGAACGGCGGCGAACGGAGCUCAGCCGGAACGAGAAGCGUCUUCAAACCCUGAGGAAAGUGCGCCCCGCCUUUAUGGAGGAGUUUGAGAAACUCGAGGUCGAGCUUAAGGCCCUCUACGAGGAUUACCUCCAGAAGUUUCGCUACCUCGCUUACCUCGAACACCUCCACGAAGACGCCGCCAAGGCCGAGCAGGAGAGGUUCGAACGAAGGCAAGCCGCGACGAAGAAACAGCUCGAACAACUUAGAGGGGAAGACGUUACGCUGGAGGGACUCCUCGACGGAAGUGACUCGAUAUUCAAUUCGAACCAGGAAACGAUCGGCCACAAUUUGGCGGACGCCGAGAAGCAGCUUCAGGAACGAAUCGGCCAGGGGGUGCGGAUCAAGACCGGUAAGAAUUGGCCGGAAGCGACGGAGAACCAUCUGUAUGAUUUCAAGUCCGAAUCACUCUUGACUGAACUGCAAACCAGCAUGGACGGCGGAUCAUCCCGAGGAAACGCUCAAGCGUUGCAGCGUCGCGUUUACGGAAGCAUGUCAGGACGACAGCGCGCGGGAGUUGGAACGGCCCUGGAUUUGAACGAUAGCGUCGGCUCGUUGGACAGCGACAGCGAUCUCUUCAUCGACGGAGACUUGGAAGACGACGACGACCUCCUGAACUCGGAGGGGGACCUUGAGCUGGGAGUAUUGCACCCGAAAAGCAAACAGGAAAAGAGAUCGGUCAGCAAGAUAGAUCAUUCGGACGAAGAUUUUUGAGCGAAGAAUGAUUAAACGAGAUUAAUUCUUUCGGUAGUAUCGACGCGGAUGGGAUGUUUACUCGAUACGGUUGAAAUCUGACCGAAAAUCCGGGUGGGUAAUUGAAACUAGUUUUUACGCUAUUUCCUACAAUGCGAGGCUUAAUUGGAUUGUAAGUACUUUUUGCUCGCCGUUUCGUUUCUUCCUCAUUUCUUUUUAAUUCGACUUGUUUUCCUUGUCACGAUAUACAGUUGUUAUUCGGUGUACGGAUCGGGGAUUCCUGUCAUCACUCGCAACGUCAGUCAAGGCUGAAUUGGAGUUUUUUGAAUCGCGGGAAAUACGCAUAACACAAACCGCGAGCAUUCUCUGAACUCGAAUCUGAUUCAUCGAUCUUAAUUAGCUGCAAAACGCGAUUCGCAACGCCGUGAGUGAUUCGCGCUUUCGCAAUUAUAUGCUCGAUAAUGAUGAUAACGCCGAGUGGAGACUUCCGUUUCAGAUAUAUUUUGUAUAAGGAUAUAUACCUAUAUGUAUAUACACACCUAAUUCUGUUUUUGUCACACGGAGAUUGAAUCCAAGUGAAAAAAGUUUCGGGACCAAUUGAUCCAGCGAUAUUUCAGAUCGAAGAUUCUGGUGUUUUUUCCUUCCUCAUAUCUGAGCAGAUACCAAGGGAUAACAACCGAACUGAAUUUAAAAAUAUUGGAUCUAAAUAAUUAGGACUUAUCGUAAUAUACUGAUUUAUUUUUCGAUAUAAGUAUCCUUUGGCAUUGACGCUAUCGCGAAAAUACGUACCUAGUUGGUAGAAUACAAUGUUACGUAUGUGUUUUAUUGUUACACGCAUAAUUCGUACUCGUGUCGGCAUUGUGUGCGUAAACUUGUGUACCUAUGACGUGUAAGUUAUACGCGAAACGGAUUAACGUUACUUUCGAUAAAGAAAAAUGAAAAAUUUUUUAUUCGUAGAUUCGACUUAUACGUUGUAUUGUGUAAUAAUAAUAUACAAAUCUAUAUAUAUACACCUGCCUAGAUGCACAUAUAUACAUGUAAUAUUGAUUAUUAUGUAAUUAGGUACUUUUAUAUAUAUAUUCUAUAAUAUAUGUAUACAUAGUAUUGUGGUAAGACUAAAAUCACACAAAAAUAAAUUGUACAAGUUUAAAGAUGUAUUAUAUAUAUACAACCGGGUGUCUUAAGAACUAGAAAAACAAGAUCCCGAGUUAUUAUUAUUAUCAUUAUUAUUAUAUUACAUACAAUAUAAUAAUAAUAAUUAUAUCGUUAUCGGAAUUUUUUCAUUCACCUAAACAUUUGUCAUCACUUUUUCUUAAACAACAAUCAUUGGUAACAUAAGGCAAACCUCGAAAUGUGUGCCUGGAAGGGAAGAAAAUUUUUUAACCAAUCACUAACAAAUAUUAUCCAUAAUAAUAAAUAUUAUUCAUUUGAAAGUUGAAUAAUUAGGAAAAAACAGCUCACAUUUAUCGUUACUAUUAACUACUUAAUGAUGUACUUUUUUCAAUUUUCCAUGUUAUGUAGAUAUGCGUCCGUGUUGCUUACCUCGUAUUGGCUUUACUUAUAAACAUGUAAUAAUUUACAUUCGUCUAUUUGUUUUUUCAUUUAUGC